AGCAGAGACGCCACAGACAGCAAGGGUAGAGUGGCGCCCGUGGAAUUUCAGCAUUGCAUAGCCCAAAAGCAGUCCUGCGUUGGCGUGUGAGAGUUGGGCUGGCGUGCCCAUGCGGCCGUGGCGUCUCCGUGUGAUUCAUGACUGAAGAAGCGUGGCCCCCACCGCGUCUCUCCUUGGUAAGAAGGACGUCAUCUCGGGACGUAAGGCAUCCAGAUGUUUUCUAGGUCGAGGCCCUUUUCACACAUGAGGGGAGGACCAGCCUCCGGCUAGAAGAGGAGCACCCCGUGUCGGAGACCCGCUGCCACCAUGAAGGGAGCCUGCAUGGUCGCCUGGCUGCUCUCGAGCCUGGGGGUGUGGAGACUCGCCCAGCCCGAGCCCCGGGACGCCGCACGGUGCCAGAGGGCAGAGCACCCGGUCAUCUCCUACAAAGAAAUUGGCCCCUGGUUGCGCGAGUUCAGAGCGAAGAAUGCUGUGGACUUCUCGCAGAUAACAUUUGAUCCAGGACAGAAAGAACUUGUUGUAGGAGCAAGAAACUACCUCUUCAGGUUGCAACUGGAAGACCUGUCUCUGAUCCAGGCCGUGGAGUGGGAGUGUGACGAAGCUACCAGGAAGGCCUGUUACAGCAAGGGCAAGUCGCAGGAGGAAUGUCAGAACUACAUCCGGGUGCUUUUGGUGGGCGGCGACCGGUUGUUCACCUGUGGGACCAACGCUUUCACACCUGUCUGCACCAGUCGCUCGCUGAGUAACCUGACGGAGAUCCACGACCAGAUCAGUGGCAUGGCCCGCUGUCCCUACAGCCCGCAGCACAACUCCACGGCGCUGCUCACGGCCAACGGGGAGCUGUACGCCGCUACGGCCAUGGACUUCCCAGGCCGCGAUCCCGCCAUUUACCGAAGCCUGGGCGUUUUGCCGCCUCUCCGUACGGCGCAGUACAACUCCAAGUGGCUCAAUGAACCAAACUUCGUGUCCUCCUACGACAUCGGGAAUUUCACCUACUUCUUCUUCCGGGAAAACGCCGUGGAGCACGACUGCGGGAAGACCGUGUUCUCCAGGGCGGCCCGGGUGUGCAAGAACGACAUCGGCGGGCGCUUCCUGCUGGAGGACACGUGGACCACGUUCAUGAAGGCGCGCCUGAACUGCUCCCGCCCCGGCGAGGUGCCCUUCUACUACCACGAGCUCCAGAGCACCUUCUUCCUGCCGGAGCUGGACCUCAUCUACGGCAUCUUCACCACCAACGUGAACAGCAUCGCUGCCUCGGCCGUGUGCAUCUUCAACCUCAGCGCCAUCUCGCAGGCUUUCAACGGGCCCUUCAAGUACCAGGAGAACUCCCGCUCCGCCUGGCUGCCUUAUCCCAACCCCAACCCCAACUUCCAGUGCGGCACCGUGGACCAGGGCCUGUACGUGAACCUGACCGAGAGGAACCUGCAGGACGCUCAGAAGUUCAUUCUCAUGCACGAAGUGGUGCAGCCGGUGAGCACCGUGCCGGCCUUCAUGGAGGACAACAGCCGCUUCUCCCACGUGGUGGUCGACGUGGUACAGGGCAGAGACACCCUUGUCCACAUCAUGUAUCUGGCCACAGACUAUGGCACCAUCAAGAAAGUGCGGGCGCCGCUCAAUCAGAGUUCGGGCAGCUGCUUGCUGGAGGAGAUCGAGCUGUUCCCGGAGAGGCGGCGGGAGCACAUUCGGAGCCUGCAGAUCCUGCACAGCCAGAGCGUGCUGUUCGUGGGCCUGCGCGAGCACGUGGCCAAGGUGCCCCUGAAGCGGUGCCAGUUCUACCGCACGCGCAGCACCUGCAUAGGGGCCCAGGACCCUUACUGCGGCUGGGACGUGGUGAUGAAGAAAUGCACGAGUCUCGAGGAGAGCCUGAGCAUGAUGCAGUGGGAGCAGAGCACCUCGGCCUGCCCGACCAGGAACCUCACCGUGGAUGGACACUUUGGCGCGUGGUCGUCGUGGAUGCCCUGCACCCACUCGGACGGCGGUGCUGUCGGACCCUGUCUGUGUCGGUCCCGUGCCUGCGACAGUCCGGCCCCGCAGUGUGGCGGCUGGCCCUGCGAGGGCCCCAGCAUGGAAAUCGCCAACUGCUCCAGGAAUGGCGGCUGGACCCCCUGGACCUCGUGGUCGCCCUGCAGCACCAGUUGCGGGAUUGGCUUCCAGGUGCGGCAGCGGUCCUGCAGCAACCCCACUCCCCGGCACGGGGGCCGCGUGUGCGUGGGACAGAACCGCGAGGAAAGAUACUGCAACGAGCAUCUGCUGUGCCCCCCACACAUGUUCUGGACGGGCUGGGGUCCUUGGGAACGGUGCACAGCCCAGUGCGGGGGCGGCAUACAAGCACGUCGCAGGACCUGCGAGAACGGGCCCGACUGUGCAGGCUGCAGCGUGGAGUACCAGCCUUGUAACACCAACGCGUGCCCCGAGCUGAAGAAGACCACCCCCUGGACCCCCUGGACCCCUGUCAACAUCUCUGAUAACGGCGGCCACUACGAGCAGCGCUUCCGGUACACAUGCAAAGCCCGCCUGCCCGACCCUAACUUGCUGGAAGUGGGGAGACAGAGGAUUGAAAUGCGAUACUGCUCCAGUGACGGGACCAGCGGCUGCUCCACAGAUGGGCUCUCUGGCGAUUUCCUGCGUGCUGGGAGGUACUCCGCCCACACUGUCAACGGGGCGUGGUCAGCCUGGACGUCGUGGUCACAGUGCAGCCGGGACUGCAGCAGGGGCAUUCGGAACCGGAAGCGUGUGUGCAACAACCCUGAGCCCAAGUAUGGGGGGAUGCCUUGCCUAGGCCCAGCCCUGGAAUACCAGGAGUGCAACAUUUUGCCCUGUCCAGUGGACGGCAUGUGGUCCUGCUGGUCCUCCUGGUCACAGUGCUCAGCAACGUGCGGCGGCGGACACUACAUGAGGACCCGGUCGUGCACAAACCCAGCCCCUGCCUACGGAGGAGACAUCUGCCUGGGGCUGCACACCGAAGAGGCCCUCUGCAACACACAGCCCUGCCCAGAGAGCUGGUCCGAGUGGUCCGACUGGACCAUGUGCGAUGCGUCCGGCGUCCAGAUCCGUGCCCGCCAGUGCAUCCUCCUGUUCCCCGUGGGCAGCCAGUGUUCGGGAAAUGCCACCGAGAGCCGGCCAUGCGUUUUUGACUCCAAUUUCAUCCCAGAAGUAUCUGUGGCAAGAUCCAGCAGCGUAGAAGAGAAAAGAUGUGGAGAGUUCAACAUGUUCCACAUGAUCGCCGUGGGGCUGAGCAGCUCCAUCCUCGGCUGCCUCCUCACCCUGCUGGUCUACACCUACUGCCAGCGCUACCAGCAGCAGUCCCACGAUGCCACCGUCAUCCACCCAGUGUCCCCUGCCCCUCUCAACACCAGCAUCACCAACCACAUCAACAAACUGGACAAGUAUGACUCGGUGGAAGCCAUCAAGGCAUUCAACAAAAACAACUUGAUCCUAGAGGAAAGAAACAAGUACUUCAACCCCCAUCUCACUGGGAAGACCUACUCUAAUGCCUACUUUACAGAUCUCAACAAUUAUGAUGAGUACUAAUCGCUCUUAUAUUUUUGGCUUCUUGUAAAUCCCCACUUCCUAAAGGCCUGUGCUCCAUGACUGCCCCUAAUGCUGAGGCUUCAAGAGAUGAAGUCUGGAUACGUUUCCAGCCACAAGUGUCCCAUUGUUACCAAAAAUACGCAUCCUCACCAGCUAUGACGUCAUAAAAGUCUGGUCUGCGGCUGGCUGAGCCAUGGUAUGCAGUAUUUUCUUGUGUUUGCCCAUUUCUCCAAACAACUCCAUGGUUUCCUUGAGCUUUGUUUUUGUUCCAGAGAUGGGAAGGAAUCUUAUGAAAUGCAAUUGUCCUCUUGCUUUUGAGUGUAAACCUUCAUGAUUUUUUAGUUCAAGAAAAUAGGCACUUUAUCUGAGAGCCCCCUUCCCUCCACCAGGGCCAUAGCAUUUGAGUCAAUGAAGACAGUGUGGCCCAACAGUUCUUCCCCAGGGAGCUCCCAUUUCCCCCACUGGGAUAGUACUGUGGAUUCUUGGAAGCAUUUGUAUUUGGACUUGGAAUGAUUCUGGUCCGGGAAGCCCAGAGUUUCUACCCGACCUGCACCUGCAGAGGUGAAGGUCACCUGUGAGGCCCUGAGCCUCGGUCUGGAGGCAGUGCCGGUGCCUUCAUGGAGGAGGUGUGUGUGCAGAGCAGAAGUGCAGACCCAGAGAGGUGAGAGAGUGCUCUGCCUCACGCUGAUUGCCAGGAAUCUCAUCUGUCUGCUCCAUGGUGGCGUCCUGAAGAGCCAGUCUGCAAAGUAACCGCUUUGAUACAUCCUUGCCUCCCAUCUCCCUGCAAAGAAAAACCGUGUACGUUUGUGAGAUCAGCGAGGGAAACCAUCCCAGUACUGAACUAGAACUGAACAUUAAUUUUCCGAGUUAUGGAAAGUAUGAAAGUACUGACAUUUCAUGAGCAGCAGUGUUUUGUUUUCCAUCUCCCGGAUGUAACUCACGUGUGGCAAUCGGCCCCUUCCAAGAGCAUUAAUGCGACGUGAAGCCGGCUCUCUGGAGCCCGUUGUUUUCCACACUGAAGCUGCCCUAGAGCCACGGGGCCACUUGCUCCUCCAGGCCAGGGCCGGAGUCUGCUUAGCUCUGGUGCCUUUUCCUUUAUCUCAGCGCUGUCUUCUGCCCAUCCAGUCCCUCCCAACCCCACCUGCUGUCCACCCAAUCUGUCCAGCCCCACUUCUCCCUCCAAGGAGGCCAGAGAAGUUCAAGACACACCUGAGAAGUUGCAGAUGCUGAAGUGAGGUUUUCAAUGGUCCCAGAGGUCUCAGCCUUGAUCCUUGAUCAGCAUUGAGCGGCCACUCAUAGAGGCCUUCAGAACAAAAGACAAAUUGCUCCCAAACAACUGGUAUGGCAUUUGGUCCAAUAAUUAUCAAAAGCGGGAAUGCGAUUGUUAAUGUUCCCAUGAUGCCUCUCGCUCUGAUAGAGGCCUGGGCAAUCACCACAACCGCGUCCUGACCGGCAGUGCACCUGCAGUCCUGCCAACACACAGAGAGGCACCGAGGAGUGCAGGAUUCUGUCAGUAUUUGUGUUUUCACCCUGUUCCAUUUAAAAAAAAAAAAUCAGAAAAUGCUGGAAAAUAGUUCAACAUUUACCCAAAUUUGCAGAAAGGACUCUUUAAAGAUUAAAAGGGCAGGUGGGGUGUGGGAGGCAGGUGGCUGGCACGCAGGGUCUCCGUAUCUGCCUCCUGCGAGGCUUACUCACAGUGGAAGCCGCCUGUGCCACGGACUCCCAGGCCACGCUUGGUGGCUGAGGCUCGGCAGCUACUUUCCUCCUGGUUCCCAGGCUGGACUUCGCAUGCGUCAGCCCCUUUCUUUCCUAUAGGAAAAAACAUCUUCACCGUGUACUGCAUUUGAGUUGUUCUAGAAAUUACACCCCCGCCCCCAGCAUUCUGUAAGCGAAAAGGUUGUUUUGUUUCCUCUGGGAAAGGAUAGCAUCACGGGACUUGGUGGGAAGUGCUGGCUAAGGAUCUCCACGCAGUGUUUGCAGUGAGUAGGGCACUCACUCAACCCCACUGCAGAAUUGCCUCACCUGUCACUGUUCAAAGGGGAAUUGUUUCUCUUAUCUCGCAGCACAGUAGUUCGUUUAGAAUAAUUUCAGGUAUGCUCCACGUGGCUUACUUAGCUUAACGGCAUGACUUCUGUUUUCCACGGCAAAGCUUUCACUCCCACGCAUCUACUUCACACUGCAGACUUCCUGGCACAUGAACCUUCAUGUGGUGGGACCACAGGGGCUCCCGGGGGAAACCGUGGUCAGAUCAGGUUCAUGGAGGCUCUCCUGGUGAGCUCCAUGGUGGACUCAGCCACAGGACUUCCCCCUCCGGAGGAGCCUACCUACAAAGCAGGGGCUUUCUUGCUGUAACCUUGAGUCCCAUUUAACGUUUCUGAGUUUCUAUAUUCCCUCUCUCUCUCUGCACAGGCAACACAAGGAGACACUAAUAUUUUUAGGCUGCACCUCUCGGAACCUGAUAUAACAUUAAUUACUAAUUCUGAAUAGAGUCAAACUUUGGUUUCCAUCAGGGGGCCUUCUUCCUUUGUAAGUGGAAAUGACCUGGAAGUGCCUCCCAGUUUCUCCCGUGCUUGUUUCUCCCAUCAGUCCUGUAGGAAGAACAGAAUUCCUGCCUGUGGACACUGCAUGGCCUCCCCAAGGGCUCCAGGGACAGAACUUGGAUGAAGGUUGGGGGGGUGGUGCUUUAUGCCUCCUGAAUGAAACUCAGUGAACUCCAAGAAACUGAGGGCACUAGAACUGGCUGGGCGGAAAAGCCACAGUCCGCAACACUCCAGGACAUCUCUGUGUCGCUGCCCCUUCAAAAUAAGGCACUGAUACUCCCCUGCUGCCGGAGGUUUUCAAAGCCUGCUGCAGUAGACUACGAAAAGCAUUAACAUGGGCCAAAGUAAACCAGGGCUUCGUGUGUGUGUGUGUGUGUGUGCGUGCAUGUGUGGGAUUCCAAAGGCAGUGAAGAGCAGUCACAGUGAACGGGGUUGAGGGCAUCUUUGCCCUGGAGAAGCCUCUGUCCUUAGGAAGCACUGGGGUAAACCCAGAGUCUGGCCUGGGCGAUACCAGAGAGAAGAAAAUGGGUGAAAUGGUCAGAUAAGCAAGUGGGGUAUGGCAGGGGCACAGGCCAUCACCCUCAUGCCCCAGUCUCUGAGCCUGACCCUUGGACUCUUUCAGAAUACAAGACUUUGUAGCCAAGGGUGUUCUUAUUUCCUUAUUUUUCUGCCAGAGUAAAAAUCAUGGGAGUCCUUUCUCUCUCUCUAUCCAUUCUGCCUGUCAAAAAAAAAAAAAAAAAAAAAUCAUGGGAGUCAAAGCCUAUUUGAGUAUUUACACCAGAGUCUUCGACAGAACUAUUAGGUCUUGCAUUCAAAAUCUUGGACAAA